AUGGGCCUGGAGCUGGUGCGCACGCUGGCCAAGACGGGCAUGAGGGUCUUCUUCACCGCCCGCGAUCCCGCCAAGGGCGCCAAGGUCAGGGAGAUGCUGCGGGCCGAGGAUGCUUCCUUCAAGCUCGAGUUGGUGGUGGUGGAGCUCAAGAGCCUCAAGAGCGUCGAGGCGGGUGCCCGACACAUACUGGACAGGGCAGACCGGCUGGACCUUUUGAUGAACAAUGCAGGCAUCGCGGCGACGCCUCACGGCUUCACACAAGACGGCUACGAGCAGCAGUUUGGAGUCAACUACCUGGCGCACUUUUACCUGUUCCAGAUGCUCAAGCCGCUCCUCCUCAAGACGGCAGCCGAGCACGGGGUCCAGGUGCGCGUGGUCUCGACGUCCAGCACCGCGCACACGGCGUCGACGGUGCUGCCCGCGGGCGACUACGGCACGGCCGACCCCAACGGCCGCGGCUACGAGCCGGGCGUGUCGUACGCGCACUCGAGCACGGCGCGCAUCUGGUUCUGCAACGAGGCCGAGCGCCGCUACGGGCCCCGCGGCCUGCACGCCAUCAGCACGCACCCGGGCGGCUUCGCGAGCGGGCUCAUGGACUCGGCGGACGAGCAGGCCCGGGCCGCGCUGGCCAGGGCGAUCGAGAUGCCGCACAUACGCAGGAUCUGGAAGAGCGUCGAGCAGGGCGCCGCCACCAACGCGCUCGCCGGCGUCGGCAGGGAGUACGACGGCCACGGCGGCUUCUACAUGGAGGAUUGCGGCGUGGCCAGGCCGGUUCCUGACCAUCUGGACUGGGCUGGGCACGGAUACAAGUCUUGGGCUUUUGACGAGGCGGGGGAGAAGAGGCUGUGGCUGGAUUCGCUCGAGAUGCUUGGACUGCAGGACGAUCAAGAGUAA